CUCGAAAGAUUCUUUAACUCGAAAGAAAAAAAUUAUUAUCAAAACUAUUUAUUAAUCAUGUCAGAUCUUUACAACGCCGUGAGAUGUGCUUUGGAGAAAGACGAUCGGCAAUAUCUUAAAACUAUCGAGGCCGAUCUGAAGAAGCGAAUAGACGCCGCAGCAAAGCGUUCAACUGAGCAACUACUAAACGAACUGAACAACACCAGCUUUUGCCUCACGAGAAAUUUUGCUGCGGAAUCGUACAUCCCGACGUCUGUUCGGAAGGCAACAAAGAAAUUUUGUACGGCCUUAAGAUCUGACACUACUGGGAACUGCUUGUAUAGCUCUGUGUCCUUGGUAGAAGUGGGUAACAAUAGCCUAAUGGAGCUAUUGAGAAUUUUGACCUCCAUAGAGCUCUACCUUAAUGCUGAUUUUUAUUCUCAGCACCCUUGUUUUUCUUCUGCUGUGGAAGAACAUGCUCAAUACUUCAGCCAAAGUAUCAAUAACCUUUUACCAUUGUCUGUUUCUAAGGAAUGUUUAGAUACUGGUUGUAUGAAAGAUGACUUGGUUAGACAGGAAGCUAUACUUAAUUGCAGUGAGAAGAAAUGGUCAUCCUUUCUCUGUAUAAUGGGUCUUGCUUCAGUUUUGAAUAGGAAUACUUUCACCUAUUAUCCUGAUUGUGGGCAACAAAGAAGUAAAUUGCUAUUUAAUCGCAUGAUUCAACCACGCUUAACUCCAAAGAAAGGUUUGGAUGAUCUUCAUAUUUUGUUUUGUUAUGAAGGUACUGUAACUGCUGGAAAAACCAUCCAGCCAAAUCAUUUUGUUCCUCUUAUCUUUCAUCAACAGCAGUUGAAAAGAAAGUCGACAGCUGCUUGUCCACAAGUCACUGCCAAGAAACCUAGACCGACUCUUAUUUUUCAGAAAAAGGUCUCUAAUCCCCCAUCUAACAUUUCUAAGUUUUUUAAGGUGACAGAGAAAUCUGCUUCAAAACCAAAAGAGCAAUUAAAUAACAAUAAACCCAGCACUUCAACCAACACAAAACCAAAUAUCUCAAAAGCUGAUAUAACACCUAAUGCACCAAAGGUUGAAUCACAUGGUACCAAUUUUGAUGUUGCAAUGUACCGGGACAUGGUGGGAGGUAUGAACUCAUCUGAAAUCUGCAAUCUCAUCAGAAAUGUCUUUAAACCUGAUAAGAAGUAUUCCUUUCCAAAGACCAAUGGCAGAAGCUUCAGGUAUGAAUGGCUAGACUUAUAUCCCUGGCUUUGUUAUUCCCCUUUGAAGGAUGGUGCAUUCUGCUUGUCAUGUGUUCUGUUUGGGGAUCGUUUUCCUGGUAAAGCUUUAAAAAUUAAAAAUUUAUUUUCUGAGCCUCUUCGUCGUUGGAGUGGUACAUCAUACACUCUGAAAAAUCAUGCUGGACAUGGUACAGGAGGAGAAAUGGGCCUGCAUGCAUGUACAUUUCCCAUACUAACAUCUUUACUUUCCCAGAUGUCAGGGAAGGCGCAGCCUAUUGAGCUCAUUUUAGAUACCAACCUCAAGAAAGAGAUUGAGGAUAACAGAAAGAAACUUGCCCCAAUUGUGGAUUCAGUAAUUUUUUGUGGCCGCCUUGGUUUACCAUUACGUGGUCACCGUGAUGACUCUAAAUACCAUCCUGACGUUGGCAGUUACUCUACAGAGAGAGUUGGUAAUUUUAUUGAGUCUCUUAAUUUUAGAGUUCGUGCAGGGGACAGAGUUUUAGAGGAUCAUUUGAAGAACUGUGGUAAAAAUAAAACUUAUAUCUCAAAAACUAGCCAAAAUAAAAUUAUCAAGUGUGUUGGACAGGUAAUAAGUGAGCAGAUUAUUCAAGAUAUUAAGGCCAGUAAAUUCUAUUCCAUCAUUGCAGAUGAGGCUGCAGAUUCUUCUCAUAAGGAGCAAAUGUCUCUUGUUUUACGUUUUGUAGAUAUUAACAUGAAUAUUCGAGAAGAAUUCAUUGCUUUCCUUGAAUGUAGAUGGGGAUUAAGUGGUGAACAACUUGCCAAGCUGAUCCUAGAAGCACUUAAUGACAUGACUUUAUCCAUUGAUGAUUGUCGAGGACAAGGCUAUGAUGGUGCAGGUGCUGUCUCAGGGCACAUAAAUGACACGCAACAUGCCUUUUGAAGAAAAUGUCCGUAAUUAUCCUGAGAGAGAAAGUCGGAAGACAAAGCUGGUAGAUGUUUGUCGGAC